AAUGCUCUUAGCAUCCCAACUUGGGCGAUUCACUUCUCUUCCGUCUUUGAGUGGAUCUUUGCGAUGCGUCUCGUCUGGGACUAUGCCGACGCUUCGAAGGACCAGACGUGGAAGGGCCUUACAUGGGGCAUGCUUCCCUUGCAUGCGAGCGGCGUUGCUGCCUGUACCUAUCACUUCUUUUACAACAACCCUGAUCUUUCCUUUCUUGUUGCCUUGCAAGCUGGACUGACAGUGAGAAGAUGCAGAAUGUUUCACCUCUGA